ACAAAUUUUUCGUCCAUUCAACUACCUAAUAUACUUCAAACAGAAACAUAAUUCCUCAUUGAAAGAAAUUUAGCUUCCAAAAUUGCAAACACAAAGUAAAUAAAAUUGAUUAGUUGGUCUUUCUUCAUCCUAUUCAAAACUUCUACUUGAUGAAUAAGAUUCUUAUUUAUAUUUAUAUGAUCAAAAUUUAAUUUAUCUUACAACAUGCAAUGAUGAAUAGCCUUACUUUGCUCCAAAAAAACCCUACAUUCCAACCUGGAUGGGACAUAGAAGAAAUUCAUGCAACAUUUUUCAAAUGCAUAAGUUGGCAAAUGGAAGAAAAUUUUGAUACAAUCAAUUGUCCUUACCAUUAUGUUUGUGACAAAACCUACCCUCCAAAUUACCCUCUUUUUGUUGAUAUCUUAGUCCUUCUCUUCACAACAUGUUCUUAUUUUUUCACUCUUGUGAUUGUGGUUAUGAAUAUCAUCUCAAGAAAAGAAAAAAACUUUUUGACUCAAUCAAAAAGGUUUCUUUUGCCUUCUGGUCCAAUAUCUCUUCCACUUAUAAUCUUAAUCUUUGCAAAGGGUCAUCAAAUCAACACAAUUUUCCCACUUUCUUGUUUCGGUCCUGCGAUUCUUCUAUUGGUUCUAAUCUCUUCAUUAUCCUUUGAUAAUGAAGAUGAUUAUAAGGAUAUUAAGUACACUUUCUUUGCAGCAUCAACAAUUUCUGGAAUUUUGCAUGCAAGUUUGUAUUUGGAUUCAAUUGUGCUGCCUUAUUAUACCGGUUACGACGCGUUGAUGUCUUCUACACUUUCGGGUGAGUGUGCAACAUGUGUUUGCAGGAAAGAGGCUUUGGUUGUUGGAGGGAAACUAGUGAAGUACAAAGGUUGGUCAAUGACAACAUUUUUUGUUGUUGGUGUUCUUUGUUUGAGGAUUAUAUGUAAAAUCUAUGGAGAAAGUUUUGGGAAAUUUGUGUCUAGGAUUAAAGUGUUGAUGGAAAGGUUAAGUUGGGUUUUAAUAAGUUUGGAUUGUGUUUAUUUGAUGGUAAAUUUACCACAAGAAAGAGUAAUGUUGAGAGUUGUUGUUUUUGGAGGUGUAUUUGUUUUGAUUUUGCUUCAUGUCCUCAAAGAGGCUUGUAGUAAAAUUUACAUGAUGGUUUAUGUGGUUGAAAAUUUGAGAUUGGUAUCAAUGUCAACACCAAUUCAAACAGCAUGACAAAAAAAACAAUGGUCAUGCUGAAACCCAAAUGGAUUUUAGGAUAUCAAAACCAAAAUUGUAAUAUAUAUACAAAUUGAAUCUUUGAUUUUUCUUGACAUGGUUCUAUUUGCUUUUGUAUAUAGGUUUUCAAUUAUAUCAUUUGACCUUUUUUUCUCUAUAAGGAUUAAAAAAAGUAUAAAUAGAGGUGUAAACAUGGUCUGGUCUAAUGGGUUGGCUCAUUAGCG